GACGUUGGACUGGACAAUUCGCGUUUGACUGCAAGACAAAAUGCUAUAUUGAAAACCAUCGAGCCUGAAGAAAUUCUCCUGACUGUCAACGGGGCCCGCCGAGCCCGGAGAUAAUUGGAGCAAAUUGAAGAGUAUCGAUAUUACCGACUAUCGAUAUAAAUUUUUCGAUUUUCACGUCCAUGGCCGACUCUGGCGGCGAGUGCGGCGACUCUUGAUGUCACACACCGUCACAUGUUAUCUGACGUGAUCACAUGAUCGCGUCCGAAAUUGAUCGACGUCGAGGGAGUAGUCUUUCGAAUUUGAUUGUUUUUCCCGUGCAACGAUGCUUCGACAAUUAUCGCUCCUCUUCGCCGUCCUGGCCGCAGUUCACGCCAACGGUAACCUCGCCGUUCUUCACUCACCUGACAGCAUAGAAUUCACCAUGAAUGGCCCGAUCGAGCAAAGCAGCGUCAAGGAGAUCUUUCCGGCAGCUCUUGGUUACACCGGAAAGCAGAGGGAAUCUUACACGGAGCAAAGUAUCGCCAUAUGGGAUCCAUUUGCGUUGCCCAAGGCGUUGGUUGCUAUACCGAUUGACGGAGUAGAGGAACUACCCAUCCCAACUUACAAAGCCAAAGUCUGGUAUCCUCUGAUCGUUGACGAGGCGGAGGAGACCACUUGGCAAGCUAUUAGAAGCAGGGUAGAGGAGCGAAGCAACGACAACACGUUGGUCAGGAUCAACUUGGGUGAUGGGGUUGACGCCCUCGGCCAGUCGGCUCUCGGCGAGCUGAAGCCUGCUAACAUGGAGAAAGAGAAACUGAAGUCUCUGAACUCCGAGGUCGAGGAGGAUCGCAAGUUCGUCGAGGAGAUACAGCUUCUCCAUGCUGUCGCUGACAAUGCCGCGAAGAAGCACGACUCUGGCACCGAUGUUUACUGGUUGGUGGUAUCGGGGCUCAAACCAGUCCUGGAUCUGCAUGGGAACACAUCUGCGGCCGCUGAGGAGGCAUCUACAUUGUUAAGUGACGCAAUCGAUCACGUUUCCAAUGCCUUUGUGAAUACUUACGAUGGCAAGAUUGUCGUUGCGGCUUUUACGAAUGACGCCUCGAAGGUGAGAAACGCCCGCUCUGUUCUCGAGAGACAGCGCAGAGAUACCCCGCAAGAUGACGAGCAAGACGUGCAAAAGAAUAAAACGGAUGAAGAGGACAAAAAUAGAUUAUUAACUAGUACUACUGAGCGUACGGGCGAUAAAAACGAGAUGCCGGAAAAGACCGGCGAAGUUAUUAAGGAGAAUAAGAUAAAUAAUACUGACAUACAGACAAUUAUUGGACAGCCUGAAUUUUCCGGCCGUGCGAAAACUUACACGGAGGAUUAUCCAGUCAUCUUCAACAUAAUGCUGUGGUUCGGCGUCGUUUUCGUCUUCUCGCUUUUAGCAAUUUGUAUCGCCAUCGCCGAUAUGGAUCCAGGACGGGACUCCAUUAUUUAUAGGAUGACGUCGAAUCGAAUGAAGAAAGACAAUUAAAUGUAAAUAUUAUUAUACAUAUUAUAUAUAUAUAUUACAUGUAAGUAAUAUAAUUUUGUAACAUAUGUUUCUCCGUGCAAAAUGUAGCUCGUCAGAGUAUCUGUAUAUGUAAUUUAUCAACUUUAAUUCAAAUGUGUUCAAGUAGGGAAGUAGGGCUCUAUCGCAUAUUUCCAUAUCCUGAAAAUUAUUUAAAUUGAGUGAUCCAAGCUCGUCAGAGCUACCAAAUGACAAGGGUACACAUGAUAUCACUUUAUCAAAGCUUAAAAAGUGAUUGUUACAUCGUUAUGAAAUUUCUGCAAGUUUGUAUAUUCCUCGAAAGCCAAAGGCUAUCCUAAAUAUAACGUAAUCAUCCAAAUUAA